CAUGCACUCAUUCUCACGACUUCGACUCACGAAUCGUGUCUGAUCGGCAAGUGCAUUCGCCUUGGUGUGCUCCAUCAGGUCAAGCAGCAAGACCGAGCCACCUUGGCGUGCCUUUUCUUGGUCCUUUGUUCAUCGUGACGAAGCUGCGGCUGCGCCUGAUUCAUCAAUCGAGCAGCCUGCCUCCUGGCUCAAUCCUUCGAUCAGCAUAAAGCAAAUAGCCGAACUUCGCGGAGCCGUGCUGGGGGUAGCCCGACAAAUUGUUUGCGCUCACGAUCUUGACACCAAAGACCGCUCUUUGACCCACCCACAGAGCCCUUAAGUCAAGCGCAGUCGCUGCUGCAUCUGGCGGCGGCAUGAGCUCUACAAGGAGCCACUCCCUCCUGCGGCUGCAAAAUAGCCGCAUACGCUGCUCGAGCUUGCGAUCUCAAGCGGUAUUGAACUCGAGCACGGCUAGUAGAGCGGGAGAGUGGAGUCGCAGGGCCUACUCAUCGGCGCCUGGCAGGGGUGCCAAAAGCGGCGCAUACAAUCGUGGGAGUAGGACCGUCUCGGCUUCGUUCGCUGUGGGCGCCGGCGCUGCUGCUGCUUUGGCGCUCAACUGGUCAACCAAUAGCACGGCAAGCGGAGUGCAGUGCGAUGGAACGAUUCCUGCUGCAAAGGUGGGCAAUGUCAGUGUGGGAGGGGGCAAGUCCUCUGUGCCGGACAUUUCUGCACUGCGACCAACAGUGUUGACGGACUCAUCGGCCUCGAUGAGGACGCGCAUGGAGACAUACGUCAAGCUCUUGCAAUACAAAAUAGUCAGCGCACUGACCGAUGAGGAGACGGGCUCCAAAGGCUUCUUCGUGGAUACUUGGUUGAGAAAAGAAGGCGGAGAAGGCAUCUCUUGCAUCUUGCAAGAUGGCGAAACGUUUGAAAAAGCAGGGGUCAACAUUUCCAUCGUUCAUGGCUCGUUGCCGCCCAGGGCGAUACAGCAGAUGAGCGCUGAUCAUGCAGGACUACUAGACAGCGUGGGCUACGACCUGGGCCUCGGCACUGGCCCAGUUGGCUCUGCUUCUUCAGUACAGGCCGAAGUCAAAGGUCUUCCAUUCUAUGCUACUGGUCUUUCUCUCGUAGUGCACCCUCGCAAUCCACAUGCGCCCACGGUGCACUUCAAUUACCGCUAUUUCGAAUUGACGCAUCCUCCGGUCCUGGCGGAUGGCUCCGUCAAUCCUCGUUAUGAUCCUUCUGAUCCCACAAAGCCAUGUGCUUGGUGGUUUGGAGGCGGAACCGAUUUGACGCCCAUGCUGCUCUAUUCGGAAGAUGCGGAGCACUUCCACGAGGUGCUCAAGUCAGCUGCGGACAAGCACGAGACUGCAUGCUAUCCCGCAUGGAAGCGUUGGUGCGAUCGAUACUUCUACCUGCCUCACCGGGGAGAAACGCGAGGGGUAGGAGGAAUCUUUUUCGACGAUCUGACACUCCCUCGAGCAACGCAAAGCGCUCGGAUCUUGCUUCAAGAAGGAAAACCAAACGCAGCGAAUCCUUCAGAAGUCCAACUUCGACCUACACAAAAGCUGCACGAUCGAGAAUCCCUCUUCGCGUUGGUGCGCGAGCUGGGCGACGCUUUCUUGCCGGCUUACUUGCCCAUCUUGCAAAGGAGGACAAGGAUGGCUACCUCGCCAGAGGCGGAGAGAUGGCAACGUCUUAGACGAGGAAGAUACGUGGAGUUCAACCUCCUGUACGACCGUGGCACCAAAUUUGGAUUGCAGACUCCAGGUGCUAGGAUCGAGAGCAUUCUCAUGAGUCUGCCGCUCGAAGCUAGGUGGGAGUACGUGGAGAGGCACAGUGGUGUAGGACAGACUGGUAGUGAGCAGGAAGAGGAAAGCGCUACUCUCUCUACGGAACAGAAGGAGCAGAGCAGGCGCGAAAGGGAGACCAUGAAGGUGCUAAGGAAACCGCAGGACUGGGCAUAGACUUCUGAGCUUCGUUCAUGCAGGAAGCCAGGCAAUGCAAAGAAUGACGAUCUCCUGUGGCUCAAAGCCAAAGACACGAUGGCAGCACAAGCGAAAAAGCACCGAGUGAUAAAGAUGAUGAUGCAUUUCGGUCCAGCAUUUGGAUAGUAUCUGAAAUGGUAUGGCAGAGCUGGU